ACGAACGAGACGAGACGACAUUCGGCGAAAAUUAACGGUGGUGUUCGGUUAGAGCCCGUAGAGUAUCUGUAUCUCAGAGUUACUCGUGUCGGUUGGUUUUCGUGGUCGAGCUUGAGCAGAAAGUGGAAAAUUGUCAUAAAUCUCAUCCAGAGUUCUGUUUUGAUUCCUGCGCCAUGAUCCGGUCCAGUGCGAUAUAGUCCAGUCAAGCUGAGAAUCGAAGCGGUGUGAUGCUGUGUUGAGUGCCCGAUCCAAAUCCAAUUCCCAAUCCCCUCAACUACUCUGCUGUGCGUGUGUAUGUAUGCAUACACGACAAUGUGUGCACAUACAUAUGUCUGCAUGUACAUACGAAAUUGAAAUUAUGCAAAAUGUGCAAUAUACUGGGGAGCCCAGUUAAGGAGCAGUGCUUCAAACGCGAUAUCGAUGGAAAUGUAACUGUUACGUACUGUGUGUGUGGAUUCCACUGUACUUAUCCUGUGCCCAAACCGUCAAGCGAAACGCAUGCCUAUAGCGCAUCUGGCACUUAACACAGUCCACGAAAGUAAUUUUUCUGAGACUAAGGAUUCCAAAUAAUAUAGAUAAUUUUUAAUGGGAUGUUAUUGGAAAUGAUCGAAUGCGACCACAGUUUUUCUCCUAAAUGGACACUUAAUAAAUAGGAGAUGCAAGUGGAAAGAAAAAUCAUCCCACUGAUAAGUAGUUCCUUCACUAACGCGCCUACAGUAGCUUCAUUAGUCUUAGGAAUAGCUCCAAUAAAAUCAGCAAGAUCUUUUGCUGCCCCAGAAAAUAUCAUAAAAGUUUUGCAAACUUUUAUAUCUGCACUGACUGAACAAGCCAUAGUGCAGAGGGAAAAGAAACCCGUUAGCACUGUAAUGGCAUCAAAGGGUGAUGUAAGCUUGGCGCAGUCAGAUGCGACAGUGCCGACAUUGACGCCAUCAACCCCAUACUUAAGUAGUUCAGAAAGUGGCAGCAAUGAACAAGACAAAUAUAUAUCUGGCCUUCCGAAUAAUCGCAAACGCUUGAAGCUGUCCACUCUUGAACUAAACAGCAGCCAGGGCAAUGAUGUUGACAGUCCAAUCGACGAGCCCGAUUUGGAUCAAAAUGCAAGAAUUGCAGACAGUAAGUCAGAUGAUUAUGCUGAUAUGGAAAAUCGUCUGCCAAGCAACUGCAACAGCGUCAUUGAGGGGGCAUUAUCUGUGGACAGCUCGGAGAGGAAAAGUCCAGAAAAAUUGGUCCAAUUCGAUAACAACUGCUAUGUGCCUCCGGAGCAGGCACUGGUUACUAGUGUGGAAUUGGUAGUUCCAGCCCCUCAGAACUCUUCGUCAAGCAUACCGGUUAGGCGCUCCGAGGACCCAAAGCACAGCGCCCUUGGAGAAUCCUCGGCAGCUUCGUCAUCGACCAUUGAUAACAAACUGCAGUACAGUACGGGUGGUCUUUACACCUCUAGUAGUUCCACAAGUAUAUUAGCAAACGAUAAAAUCGAUGGUUGUGCAAAUGACUCUUCCAAUUUGAACUUAAGAACUCCUACUAAGUUAGCAGUAACGACAGCAACGGGUGAUAUUUUGAUUGAUGAUCGAAGGACUUCUUUAUGGACGCCUCACCAUGACCAGUCGGGGCAAACGCAGCAGCAGUCGAGUGAGCCUAAGCAAGAGCCUGUGAAUGUUAGCUCGGAACUGUCAUACCAACUUCAGCAUCGUCAAUCCGAACUUUUGCUACAAAUUGAGAAGGAGAGCUCUGGAACGGGUGCUUUUUCCCAGGCGAUUCCACUUUCAUUGCAGCAUCAACAUAAUAAUGGAACACAAGAACAAUAUGGCCAAGCAGAAGCGACUUCUAUUAUGGAAAACCAGAUGCAUCAUAGUUUUUAUACACAAAUGAUGCACCAGCAGCAUCUACAUCCAAAUCAGCAUCAACAAAGCAUGCAUGAACACAGUCCCAGACAUCAGCAGCAUACAGGUUAUACAAGCUAUAUACCGCACUAUCAGAAUUCUCCGAUGUUUGGUACUCAACAAAAUGAUCAUAUCCAACGUCAGCACCAACAGCAGCAACCUCUUCAACAUCCCAUGGAAUGUCAUGGGCAUUUACAUCAAGCAGCACCUAUUUUACAGCAACACCAACAUCAUUUGCAACAUGAACGGCAGCAAAUUCAUCAACACCAGCAUCAACCGACACAACAACAACAGCAAUUGCACGAAAGCUACCAUGAUCUUAUUAUGGAGGAUUUCCAUGAGGAGCCUAGCACCGCGUUCAAAUUAACGCUCUCCCCAAGUAACGCGAAACCUGAGAAUCAAGAUGACGGUUACGAGACGAGCGCCGGCGACGUUUUAACACCGAAUUCCCAUAGCUCUUCCACACACUCUGUUACCCCUCAGCAUCAAAUGCAACAUCCUAACAUCGUGCUUAUCCCGCAGAAUCAGAAGAAGCCUGAUGAGCUUGUUUUGGCAAAAAACUUACUUACCGGUGAAGCUCACUCUGACCCCACUGCAUGCUCAUCCAACAGUAUUCAAGGACAGGUUUCUGCCUCCCAGACACAUCUGGAGCUGAGUGGAGAUACUCGAUGCUCAAGCCAUGUCUCUGUUGUCAAUCCCUACAGUUUCAUGGGUGAGGAGAUGCGCAUGCAUUCUCCAGCCCAUCGCCAUAUGGAGACUGUUACUGCUGAAACGACUCGCUUCGCCUCGGGUCCAGCGCCAGUGUCAGCUUCGAAUGGCAAUCAGGAGUGCCUAAGCGGAGAAUUAUACCAACACACCCAUCAUAGUACAAGUAUCUUGGAACAAACUGACAGCUCUCAAUGCGGCUUGCAUUCUAAGCCAACGCCAAAAAAAAGGGGGCGCAAAAAAAAGCUGGUCGCUGACAGUACCGAUAUCACGCAGAUCUCAACACCAGCGAGUCAACAAGAAAUGUCUGGCGGCACUUCAGUUUGCGAAGAUAGUGGUGUUGAUCACCUACAAGCCAUGAAACCCAAGGAACGCAAAAAGCAUGACAGAUUUAAUGGAAUGUCAGAGGAAGAAGUAAUUAAACGGACAAUUCCAGAUCAUCUGUGUGAUAAUCUUGAUAUUGUUAUAGUAGGAAUAAAUCCUGGAUUGUUCGCCGCAUAUAAAGGUCACCACUACGCAGGACCAGGAAAUCACUUCUGGAAGUGCCUUUACUUGGCAGGACUUACUCAGGAGCAGAUGAGUGCCGAUGAGGAUCACAAAUUGCUAAAGCAUGGAAUCGGAUUUACAAACAUGGUGGCGAGAGCCACCAAAGGUUCAGCUGACCUUACAAGAAAGGAAAUAAAGGAGGGCAGCCGAAUUUUGCUGGAAAAGCUUCAAAGGUUCCGGCCAAAAGUAGCCGUUUUUAAUGGCAAACUUAUUUUUGAGGUGUUUUCUGGAAAAAAGGAGUUUCACUUUGGUCGGCAACCUGACCGCGUCGAUGGCACUGACACAUACAUUUGGGUGAUGCCAUCAUCAUCAGCACGAUGCGCACAGUUGCCUCGCGCUGCCGACAAAGUUCCCUUUUAUGCGGCUCUUAAGAAGUUUCGGGACUUUCUCAACGGGCAGAUACCCCACAUCGAUGAGUCUGAAUGCGUGUUUACAGAUCAGCGAAUCCGACAGUGUAGCGAGCAGCAACAGGUUGAAACCAGCGGUAAAAUUAAGCAAACUCAUCAAACUUCACUUGGAGAUCCUCAAGCGAGUCUAGCUUUUGUGGGUAACUGUAGUGGUUCAAGCGCAGGCGCUGCGGAAUGUGGUAAUGUCGCCGAGGAGGCAGAUGACAAAAUGAUGCCCCAUAUGACUGCCAAUGUGUCAUCUUCCAAUAAUGCGACGGAUCGUGGAACAUUUUCCUUUACGGGAGACGAUAGACCCAUGCUACCGGUAUCAAAUCACAACACCGCCCCUAAUGAAAGCACUUACUUGGGUGUGUUUGGUCCGCAGCAAUCCCUGCCGCAGCAACCAUUAGAGAAGAAAAAACGUGGUCGACCUAAAAAGAUAAAGGGACAAGAGAUAAUUGAUCGUUCUGUGGGCGGCAAAAUCGCCAUUGGCGGACCACAUAUGCCUCAGCACGAUUUUAACAAUAUACUAAACCUUUCGGUUAUCUCAGCCGGCGGCAGCAUCGAAACUCCAAAAAAGAAGAGGGGCAGGCCAAAAAAACUAAAACCCGCUAUUGACAAUAUUCUGUCUGUCAAACAGCUUCAGCACGGAAACACUAAUCCAAACACGGCAGCCGGAUUGUCAGUAACCUCAAUGCAUCCACUCUCAAUGGAGCAUAUAGCAGCGUCCCCGCAGAGCAGUCAUCAAAUGCCGCCUAGUUUGUACAACACGCCGCCACCGUCGCACCUUUUGUACAACGCAUCGGCAUCACCGAUGGCAUCCCCCGCCCUCAAUUGCAAUUACAAUCAAGUACACAGCCAUGGAACUCCACCAGUGGGGCAAGCGACUCCCGUCGCUCAGGGCACGUCGCCCAAUAUCGACCCCCAGAACGAGCACCUGUCUCCCCAGAAGCAAAAUCAGCAUGGAAAUAUGGAAGCUGGACUAGAUAUGCGGGAUCAACCUCACUUGGGUGAGACGCCUCCUCCAAGUUCGCCAAACAUGUGUCCAGCUGUCGACUUCGAGCCACCAGACGAGCACUCCGACUCGCAAGUGGGCACAGGGGAGCCAAAUAAAACAGUUGAGUUGGGCCAACAGCAAUCGCAAACAGUGGAAAAGGACCAAUAUGACAGUCCCGCACGUGACGGCGAGGCAAACAUAGCUCAUCCUCACGAGCACUACCAGCAAUGGGUUUCGCCGCAUACCCAACAAAAUCUUCAGCCAGCGCAGAAACUAACACAUCAGCACCUUCAUCACCCCAUGCAACACUUUCAGCAGGAGCAGUCGGACAACUGGCAGCGCUACGAAGAACAGAAUUCGAAUCCUUACAUGUUAAUUACUGCUCACCACCAAAAUCUUAGUCCAAGGCUGGGAAAUCAAAGCCACCAGAACACUCCCCAGCCAGGACACAUCGGCUCAGACGUUGCUCGCAAGAGCUUGUGUGGCCUCGAAUCGCUGGUUGAUCAAAUACCAGCAAUAAGGGAACACGAGUGCAGCAAUAUACCAUCGGCGACAGCAGCGGCAGCAGCGGCAGCUGUUGAAAGUCGUCUUCUAGGCUUGCAUCAACAGCAGCAACAGCAACACCAGCAACAGCAACAGCAACAGCAGCAGCAGCACCAUCAUCUACAGCAGCAACAACAGCAAACACAACAACAGCACCAGCAGCAACAACAACAACAACAGCCACAACAACAACAACAGCACCAGCAACCAAAACGUUGCAAUCAAGAGAAUCCGGUACAGGCGGAAUCAUGUAGACCAUCAAGAGAGAAUAGCAACGUCAGCAACAACAAUUUUUCUGUAAGCAGUUUAGCUGCUUCCGCUUCGACUGCAAGAACUGACAACGAAGCUUUAUAUGGCAACAGUGGGGAAACCCGAGUCAACAGUGAAAGCAGCAAUAGUAACAACAACAAUUGUGGCAACAGCAUCGACUAUCCUAUUCAUAGUCCAUCCGGUUAUCCUCAUCAUGCACCUCACUUGAUGGGUAGCGCUAUAGGGGCGAAUAUUAAUAACUCGGAGCCCAGUCCGCAUCACCUUUCCCAUCCUCAUCCACCUCCUCACUCACAUCCGCAUCCAAUGUAUGUGGACCAAGCGCACCAUAUGGCCCACAUCCCUUCAGUAAAUGUGAAUUCAAUGUACAGUGCAUCUGCAUAUGGAACGCAUCCACAACAUAAUACAGGGGAAUAUGCAGCAACACACAGCCACUAUAGCCUGGGCGGUACCAUUCAGACUACUGGGCCAACCAGCACUGCAACUUUACACGUCCCGAGUCCAAAUUAUCCUUUUGGACACCACCCAUAUAGUCACACACCGCCACAAGCAAAUUACCCAAGCUAUACUCAUCCACAUACUCAUCAUCAUUCACACCAUAGUCAUCCCUCACAUCAUCUGAGCGUAUUUGAUCACCUAAAGCCGUCCGACAUAAGUGGGUACGGCGGUUUUUGAUUAAAAGAAGAUCAAGAGGAUACACAGCAACCGUUACCGAUAUCAGAAUCGCAACGAUCCGAAUACAGCGACUUGAUGUAAAUGUAAAUCUUAUAAGAUUUUGCGUCCCGCCGCAUCUCAGCAAUAUUUAUCAAUCUCCGGCUUUGCCGAUUCUAAAUUAAGGAACUUUUAGAUCUUAUAUAUACAAUAAGAUAACCAAAGACUCCGCCUAAUAGAAUUAUUUAAGCGUUACUUUCUUAAACUACAAAAUACUACAUAUGAUAAUGUUUACUUAAACUAUAUACGUAACUUACAAGAAAGAUCGAUCCCGAAACGUUUGUUUGUACUUAAUGAGAUAAUUUAAGCAUACUUUAUUUUAUUCACACAUAAAUAUUGCACAACUUACUAUUAAAUAAUAAAGUUUCAAAACGAUAUUCAAAACAGUGCCAGACCUUAAUCUGGUUCCCCCAUAGCAAUAUAUUUU